AUGAACGGCGAGGGCCGAAGACGCGAUUUCAGGUACAAUCGGAGCUCCAAGAAGCAUAAGCUGAUUCGCACCGCCGAGGAAGAGCUCGAGGCCAAACUAGGGUUCGAUCUCUUCUCUGAAGGAGAAAAGAGGCUCGGAUGGUUGCUCACUUUUGCGUCUUCAUCUUUGGAAGAUCAAGAAACCAACAAAGUCUCUAGUUGUGUGGAUCUGUAUUUUGUUUCACAGGAUGGUUCCUGUUUCAAAUCUAAAUACAAGUUCCGUCCAUAUUUUUACGCAGCCACAAAGGACAAAAUGGAAAUAGAUGUUGAAGCAUAUUUGAGACGGCGUUAUGAAAGUCAAAUUGCCAAUAUUGAAAUCGUGGAGAAAGAAGAUCUUGAUCUUAAAAACCAUUUGUCUGGUUUACGCAAGUCCUAUCUAAAACUAUCAUUCGACACUGUUCAACAAUUAAUGAGUGUGAAGAGUGAUCUACUGCAUGUUGUUGAAAGGAAUCAGUCAAAAUCUGAUGCUACAGAGGCUUACGAGUUAAUACUAAUGGGAAAAAGAGAACAAAAGUCCCAAGAUUUUCUAGACUGUAUUGUUGACCUCCGAGAAUACGAUGUUCCUUAUCAUGUUCGCUUUGCUAUUGACAAUGAUAUACGCUGUGGCCAGUGGUAUGAUGUUAGUAUAUCCAGUAAUGAUGUCAUGCUUGAGAGGAGGACAGAUCUUCUGCAGCGUGCUGAAGUCCAUGUUUGUGCAUUUGAUAUUGAGACCACAAAGCUUCCUUUGAAAUUUCCAGAUGCUGAGUAUGAUCUAAUUAUGAUGAUUUCAUACAUGAUUGAUGGACAAGGGUAUCUGAUCAUUAACAGAGAGUGUGUUGGUGAUGAUAUAGAGGAUUUGGAAUAUACUCCGAAACCAGAAUUUGAAGGGUGUUUCACGGUGACAAAUGUAAAAAAUGAGCUAGAGCUUCUUAAAAAGUGGUUUGCUCAUAUGCGGGAGGUGAAACCUGGUAUAUACGUAACGUAUAAUGGUGAUUUUUUUGACUGGCCUUUCCUGGAAAGAAGAGCAGCCCAUCAUGGGUUAAAACUUUGUGAUGAGGUUGGAUUUCAAUGUGACAAGAAUCAAGGGGAAUAUCGUGCUAAAUUUGCCUGCCAUCUUGAUUGCUUUGCUUGGGUCAAGCGUGAUAGUUAUCUUCCUCAGGGAAGCCAUGGCCUCAAGGCCGUCACAAAAGCGAAGUUGGGUUACCAUCCCCUGGAAGUGAAUCCUGAGGAUAUGGUUCGUUUUGCAAUGGAAAAGCCGCAGAUGAUGGCCUCCUAUUCUGUUUCUGAUGCUGUAGCAACUUAUUUCUUGUAUAUGACCUAUGUUCAUCCCUUUAUUUUCUCUCUUGCAACUAUUAUUCCAAUGUCACCAGAUGAAGUCUUGCGGAAGGGUAGUGGGACCCUUUGUGAAAUGCUUCUGAUGGUUCAGGCAUACAAGGCAAAUGUUAUUUGCCCUAACAAACACCAGUCUGACCCAGAGAAGUUUUAUAAUAACCAUCUUCUUGAAAGUGAGACAUACAUUGGUGGUCAUGUGGAAUGCCUUGAAAGUGGAGUUUUUAGAUCCGAUCUUCCAACCAGUUUUAAGCUCGAUCCAUCUGCCUAUGAGCAAUUGAUUAACAACCUUGAUCGUGAUCUGCAAUAUGCUAUAAGAGUAGAGGGUAAGAUAGACUUGGAUUCGGUAUCCAAUUAUGAUGAAGUGAAGAAUGUUAUUUUUGAAAAGCUUGCAAGGUUGCGAGAUGAACCCAUACGUGUAGAAUGCCCCCUUAUUUAUCAUCUAGAUGUAGCUGCAAUGUAUCCAAACAUUAUUUUAACAAACAGGCUCCAGCCACCAUCAAUUGUUACAGACGAGGUUUGCACUGCUUGUGAUUUCAAUCGACCAGGAAAAACUUGUCUUCGGAAGCUUGAAUGGGUUUGGCGUGGAGAAAUCUUCAUGGCAAAGAAAAGUGACUACUACCAUCUGAAAAAGCAAAUUGAGUCUGAGUUUGUUGAUGGCACUGAUGUCCAGUUAGCAAAAUCUUUUCUUGACCUUCCUAAGACAGAUCAACAAUUGAGGUUGAAAGAUCGUUUAAAGAAGUACUGUCAAAAGGCAUAUAAACGAGUACUCGACAAACCAGUUACUGAAGUUCGAGAAGCAGGAAUCUGCAUGAGGGAAAACUCAUUCUAUGUUGAUACUGUUCGCAGCUUUCGAGAUAGAAGAUAUGAAUACAAAGGACUUAAUAAGGUCUGGAAGGGGAAGUUGUCUGAAGCAAAAGCUACUGGAAAUUCUAUAAAAAUCCAGGAAGCACAAGAUAUGGUAGUCCUUUAUGAUUCAUUACAACUCGCUCACAAGUGCAUUCUCAAUUCUUUCUAUGGAUAUGUCAUGCGCAAGGGUGCAAGAUGGUACUCAAUGGAAAUGGCUGGAGUGGUUACAUAUACUGGAGCAAAAAUUAUUCAGAAUGCCCGCUUACUGGUUGAAAAGAUUGGAAAGCCUCUUGAGUUAGACACAGAUGGUAUCUGGUGUGCACUUCCUGGAUCUUUUCCAGAGAACUUUACUUUCAAAACUAGGGACAUGAAGAAGAAGCUGACUAUCUCAUAUCCAUGUAUUAUGCUGAAUGUUGAUGUGGCAAGAAACAACACAAAUGAUCAGUACCAGACGCUCACAAAUCCAGUGACAAAAACUUAUACAACUCAUAGUGAAUGCUCAAUUGAAUUUGAAGUGGAUGGUCCAUACAAGGCAAUGAUUCUUCCUGCGUCAAAGGAAGAGGGAAUCUUGAUUAAGAAGCGAUAUGCAGUUUUCAAUGAUGACGGGACCCUUGCUGAACUUAAAGGUUUUGAAAUCAAGCGUAGAGGUGAGCUGAAGCUCAUCAAAGUUUUCCAGGCUGAGCUUUUUGACAAGUUCCUGCAUGGCUCAACCUUAGAGGAAUGCUAUUCAGCCGUUGCUUCUGUUGCCAACUGCUGGCUCGAUCUUCUUGAUAAUCAAGGAAGGGAUAUUGCAGAUAGUGAGUUGCUUGAUUAUAUAUCAGAAUCAAGCACCAUGAGCAAGUCCUUAGCAGACUAUGGUGUACUGAAGUCUUGUGCCGUGACAACCGCAAAACGCCUUGCUGAUUUUCUUGGUGAUGCAAUGGUCAAAGAUAAAGGGCUCCGCUGUCAGUAUGUAGUUGCAUGCGAACCUAAGGGAACACCCGUGAGUGAGCGUGCUGUUCCUGUUGCGAUAUUUGAAACGGAGGCCGAAAUAAUGAAGUUUUAUGUACGGAAGUGGUGCAAGAUCUCAUCAGAUGUUGGCAUUCGAUCCAUUAUUGAUUGGUCAUAUUACAAGCAACGGCUUAGUUCUGCAAUUCAAAAAAUUGUGACCAUUCCUGCUGCAAUGCAAAAGGUUUCAAAUCCUGUGCCUAGGGUGGCUCAUCCUGAUUGGUUGCAUAAGAAGGUUCGUGAGAAGGAGGACAAAUUUCGACAAAAGAAAUUAGCUGAUAUGUUUAGUUCACUGAAGAAAGAUAAUGUGUUGAAAAGGAAUGGUGAUGCUGUUGAAACUAGUGAUGCGACGAAUAAAGAGAUUGUUGAAGAUCUUGAAGACCUCCAAAACAGUAACAGUUCCAUAAAGGGACAUAGACCAGUUGUUCGAUGUUAUGAAGCUAAUAACACGCGUAAUUCAGUUGAGAAUAUAUCAGAAGUGAAUCCACAACAAACUGAUAAUAGUGCAAAAGAAAAUCAAAUGCAAAUUGAGAGCAUUGACAGAAAUGUGGAUUAUCAAGGAUGGCUUGAAAUAAAGAAGAGAAAGUGGAAAGAUACUCUCAAUAUGAGGAAAAAACAAAGAUUAGGCAAUGCGACAGCAACAAAUAAUGCUAAUGGUCUUCCUAAGUUGCUUAGUCAAGUGGCAAAUCACAAAGAAGCCCAGGGCGGAACAGGCGUUAGUUCCUACUUUAGGAGGCAGGAAGUAGCCCUAACACGUUACCACUGGCAGAUAGUACAGCUAGUUCCGAGUUCUCAGAGUGGUCAAUAUUUUGCUUGGAUUGUAGUGGAAGGAAUAAUGCUUAAGAUUCCUAUAACUGUUCCUAGAGUGUUUUACAUAAAUUCUAAAGCUCCAUUAGAAGACAAAUUUCCAGGAAGGCGUGCCAACAAAAUUCUUCCUCAUGGAAGGCAUAUUUAUAACCUAUACGAGGUUUCAAUUGAUGAGGAUCAGUUUAAAACAGAGAACAAAAACCUUACAGCGCUUCUUGCAGAUCCAGAAGUUGAGGGCAUAUAUGAAACGAAGGUAUCACUGGAGUUCAAUACUAUUCUUCAGAUUGGUUGUGUGUGUAAGGUGGAUAAAACUGCUAAAAAGAGAAAUAUCCAAGAUCGCUGGAGUUUGAGUGAACUGCAGAUGAAAACUACAACUGCAUGCUCUUAUUUGGAGCAAUCAAUCUCUUUCUUUUACUUGUAUCAUAGUGUUUCUGAAGGGCGUGCCAUAUUUGUUGUUUAUUUUCCUGCGUCAAGAGCAAUAUCUGUUGUGGUUGUCAAUCCAUAUCAGAAUAGAGAUCUCUCACCAUCCUUUCUGGAAAAGCAAUUUCGUGAUGCUUGCCAAGCAUUAUCCGUUCAACCACCUCCUCCUAGGAAUGGUAUCACAUUCAAGGUGGAGUACGUUGGGUUUCUCAAGGAUGCUGAAAAGAUUUUGCAAAGAACAAUAAAUGAGCACAGGCAUGAACAUCAUGGACCUACAAUUGCCGUUAUUGAAUGCCCAAAUGCUCAAUUAAUGAAGUCAGGUAUACGAGCCUUAGAUGAUUUUCCAUGUGUGAGCAUUCCCUCCAAUGCUCGUGAUUGUCAGUAUCAGGCUCUUGGGUGGCAACAAGUUGCUGCAAAAAUUGGGAUGCAACGUUGUGCUGCAUCAUCCCAGUGGUUAAAAGAGAGAAUUUCUAUCUCUAGAUAUGCUCAUGUUCCAUUAGGCAAUUUCGAACUUGAUUGGCUUAUAUAUACAGCGGAUGUCAUCUUUUCAAGAGCACUGCGUGAUCAGCAACAGGUGCUUUGGAUAUCUGAUGAUGGUAUUCCAGAUCUAGGUGGCAUUAAUGAAGAAGAUACGUGUUUUGUUGACGAGGUCCAGCAACCUGUUCUCACGUACCCUGGAGCAUAUAGAAAAGUCACUGUGGAGCUGAAGAUUCAUCAUCUAGCUGUAGAUGCUCUUCUCAAAAGCAACCAAGUGAAUGAAAUGGAGGGAGGCGCUUUGUUAGGAUUUGAACCAAAUACAAAUUCUGGAGCACAGACUUCUAAUGAACACGGUGUUAGGAAUGGUGGCUUUGAUGAGGCUAUUUCAUGUGCACCUGCUUUUCGUGUAUUAAAACAGUUAAUUCAGAGGUGUCUUUCGGAUGCAGUUACUUCAGGAAAUGUAUAUGCUGAUGCAAUAUUGCAACACCUAUACCGAUGGCUUUGCAGCCCUCAAUCAAAACUUCAUGACCCAGCUCUUCACCGUUUACUUCACAAGGUCAUGAAAAAGGUAUUUGCACUAUUGUUGGCCGAGCUUCGCAAAUUGGGUGCCACUAUUGUAUUUGCAAACUUUUCCAAGGUUAUCAUAGACACGGGAAAAUUUGACCUAUCUGCAGCCAAAGCUUACUGUGAUUGCUUACUUAAAGCUCUGCAAACUAGAGACCUAUUUGAAUGGAUUGAACUCGAACCAUUGCAGUUCUGGCAUUCCUUGCUUUUUAUGGAUCAGUAUAAUUAUGGUGGAAUCCCUGCGAAAGCUGAUGAAAGCACGGAUGGUGAAUCUGAGGUUGAUAUCAUAUCAAGCUGGAAUAUUGCUGAGUAUUUACCCAAGAAAAUUCAGGACUAUUUUGUGUUUAUUGUGUCCCAGUUUCUUUAUAUUCCCUGGAGCUAUGCACGAAAGCAGGCUGCGAUUAGAGCAUCUGUACAGGAUGGCAACUUAUGUACACCAUCAAUAACUGUUGCAGCUGCUGAGACUUUUGAAUCUCAUUUGACAGAAUAUCUUAAAGGGCAGAUCAGCUCAUACUUUACGGAAAAACUUUUAGGAAUUGUGCGUGAUACCAUUCUUCAUAUGAAGGAACUAAGUCAAUCUGAAAAUGAAAAAUUUACAUCUCCAGUGAUGACACAAGUCUCUAGUAAGGCUAGCAAAGGGGAUGCAGCCCUGGAGUUUAUUAAGCACGUCUGUGCUGUUCUUUCCCUUGAUCAAAACGUUCAGCAUGAUGUCCUGGUUAUGAGAAAGAAUCUGCUAAAAUAUGUGCGUGUAAGGGAAUUUGCUCCUGAAGCUGAAUUUUGCGAUCCCUUCCCCUCCUUCAUCUUGCCAAAUGUCAUUUGCAGCUACUGCAAUGACUGUAGAGAUCUGGACUUAUGUCGUGACUCAGCUCUACUGGCUCAGGAGUGGCGCUGUGCUGUGCCACAAUGCGGGCAACCCUAUGACCGGGAGGUAAUGGAAAAUGCUCUUCUUCAGAUUGUACGACAGAGAGAGCGUCUCUACCACGUGCAGGAUCUGGUGUGCCUAAGGUGCAGGCAGGUGAAGGCCGCACAUUUGGCCGAGCAAUGUGCAUGUGCUGGCGCAUAUAGAUGCAAGGAAGACGUAACUGAGUUCCAUAGGAAGAUGCAGAUAUUCUUGAACAUUGCCAUUCGCCAGAAGUUUCAACUUCUCCAAGAGUGCACAUCAUGGAUAUUAGGAAUCCGGUAGCGUUUUAUUUAUGCUCUUCCUUAAGGUUCAUCUUAUUGGGCAAUCAGAUUAAUAGUUUCUGAAGGUCUCUAAUACUGCAAGAGAGUCCUCGUUGUAUUCAAUGAGGUUCAAAAGCUAUCCCAAUUUACUGCAUGGGGAAACAAAUACGGCGUGCCUGAUACUGCAAGAGGCAGACAUGAUUAUAUUGCCGAAACUUUCUCAAACAAAUACACAAAGCAAUAAAUGUCGAGUUGGCUAUCGUCAAAUUUGGAGAUGCCUAUAAUCAACAUUGUCGCAAUUGGGGGUAUCAGCGGGCUCCAAGGAACUUCAGAAUGUCCUUCCUAUCUAUUUCCAGUUUCCAUGGAUUUGGAGCAGAGGGGGAAGAAUGCUUACAGAUGUUGGUGCAAGCAAAUGACUUCCUUUGUCCCCAUUUGAUUUACAGGGCUUAGAGUUUGAACAUUUCCCUCCACUAAAAUAAUGUUAAAGCCCUAUUUGCAGCUGUAUUAAAAUUUUUGUUUGGGAGCUAGCAGUCGAGAGCUUUGUAGAGAACCGGAGGGACCAGGCUCGCUCGUUUACACUGCCUCGAAAAACCAUUUGUACCGAAACUUACCUUUCAAGUUAACCAUAUAAUUGAAGAUUGAAGAAUAUAUUGAAGCUUUUUAAUAGUUGCUAAUGAAGGGGCUCAAGUGAAUAACAAGCUAUUAUUUGCUUCUGGCCUGAGAAAUCUUUGGGGGAGAAAGUGAACCAUGCAUGCACUACGCAUCAAAGAAAACAAGC